GUCUCUAUCCCAGGAGGUGUUCAAAAGCUAUCUGGACAGGGUUCAGGUCAACAUACUGCAGGCGACCCUGCUGGAGUAGUGAGGUGAUGAUCUCCAGAAGUCCCUACCAACCUCAGCAUUCUGAAAGCUGUGGAAGAGUUGCUUAAAGAGGCAAAACGUGGCCGAACCCGAGCUGAAACAAUGGGAGCCAUGGGAUGGUUGAAAUGUCCUCUUGCUGGUGCAAAUAAAAGAUUUCUUAUUAAUACUAUCAAAAACACAUUACCCUCUCAAAAAGAGCAAGACCAAGAACAUGAGCCUAAGGAAGUCAGUCAGGAGCCUGAGCCAAACAAAAGCAGGAAGGAAGAAAAACCAAAGAAACGCCGAAUUCAUCCAUACACACCUAGCUUUCAGUCAAGAAGAAGAGUCAGCUACUCUCCUCCUAGGCACCGAAACAGGAACCAGCACACAAAGGAUAAUUAUGAGAAGCGAUAAAGUAAAUGAUGAGGAAAGUGAUGAGUACAUGUUACAAGCCAAGAAUGUCAUUAAAUGUUGGACUGCAGGAAUGUUUCAGUUUUUCAGACAGAGAUGCUGUUCAAAUUUGAUUUUUGAAGAGAGUUGCUUUUAUGAAAAGUAACAUUGAGGUAGCUAUAUAAGACUUUUCUUUGGGACCUUUAAGAGAAAAGUGAAGUGCAGCAUAAAUCUUUCAAUUGUUUAGGAACAGACAUUACCUUCCCUUUGCUCCUUUCCUCCCUCUCCUUCUGAUUAACUGUAGGGUCUUGGUAAUGGAGCUUGAUACAUGUGACACUGUCUGAUACAAUUUCUUUAGUCACUUCACUCUGUGAGAAAUAAGUUUAAAUUAAGCAGAAGUCUGUUUGUUGUGUGAAGUUGGCAGAACUUCUUUGCUGCUAAAUCGAUAAUGAAGUUUUGCUUGUUUGGAUUCAUUUAGUUUUCCAGAAUCUUAAAGAAGGGAGAAUUGGAUAAUACCUGGCCAUGCGCGUACAUUUUGUGUAGUAUAUAAGAAUUUGGUUUCUUUAGACAGUAUAAAAAGUACAGUUUUAAAAUGGGCAACACUGGCUUUACCUCCCUGGAGGAAUUCCAAGGAAAUACUGAUUCUGCUUGUUGUUAUAUUAAUCACAAACCUGUCACAGAUAAUAAUGAAUAUUACCCCUAAAAAGCCAUAACUGCAAUAAUUGUCUCUGUUUAGACUUCCCUCUGUAAGGACGUAGUUUGAACAGUUUAUUGUCAUGGUGCUUUCAAAACAAACCUUGAAGACAAAAUUACCGUGUCUCUCUCCACAACUAUGAAGUUUCUAAGUAGAUGUGUAAUACUAGAAAUGCAGAGAAGAUAUUUAAAAACAGUCAAAUGCUCACUUUGCAAGUCUAUGUGACAAUAUUGUAGUGGUGCCAUUCUUAAACUUAUGACUUUGAGCAUCAGCAUAUUCUAUGUCUUUUUUUUCUGUCUGUAAUGGAAAUAUGUGAAAUAUUUUCUAUUUCAGUAUCCUCAGAACUAAAUGUUUUGAACAUAGAUUUCAGGUUUUGAGUUUAAGUGUGUUGACAAUAAAAUCUAAUGUGUUAAAGUGC